AUGCCUCCAGGAAUUACUAGAAGGACUCAAACCAUCGCUCGCCAUAUAAUGACAAAACCUGCGACCCACGAGCAACCUUUAGUAUUAUUCGAAUCUCAGCUUUCAAUACGGACUUUCAAAUUAAACCGUCCAGAAAAGCUCAACUCGUUAAACGAGUCAAUGAUAGGCCUUGUUCAGCCGAAAAUCGAGUUUUGGAAAAAUUCAGAAUUAUGCAGUGUCAUAUGGGGAAGUGGUGAAGGUCGGGCUUUCUGUGCUGGUGGAGACGUCGAAACCGUGGUUCGUGAUGCUACGGACCCAAAUACAGGAAACAAAGCUAUCGAAUUCUUCAACAAAGAAUUUGCGUUGGACUACCUCCUUUCGACAUUGGACAAGCCCUACAUAGCUAUUAUGGAUGGAAUAACCAUGGGUGGCGGUGUGGGACUUUCUGCUCCCGCGUCUUUCCGGGUAGCCACUGAGAACACGGUUUUUGCGAUGCCAGAAACGAAGAUAGGAUAUUGUCCUGAUGUUGGCGCUAACCAUUAUCUGUCGAGACUUGAUGGUGAAUUAGGUACUUAUCUCGCACUGACGGGGGAUACCUUGACAGGCAGAGCAGUGUAUGAACACGGCCUGGCAACCCACUACAUCCCCUCACGGAGGAUUCCAAUCCUGCUCGAGAGUAUUUCAGCGCUCGAAAAUCCAACCUUCGAUCAAGUGAAUGACAUUAUCGAGGAGCAUCGCUCCGAGCCAGAACAGUCUGGUACAUUCGCUUCCCCCUUGGUUGGGCCUGUGCGUGCUGCCCUGGAUUUUGCUUUCAGUCAUAACAAGGUGGAAAGUAUUGUCGAAGACUUAAAUGCUCUUUCUGGACAUAGAGAUCCACUGAUCAACCACUGGGCCUCAAAAACACUAGAAUCUCUGAGGCUUCGCAGUCCAACAAGUCUUAAGGUUGCUCUGCGUGCUAUUCGGCUCGGUAAAACCCAAUCCCUAAUUGAGGCUCUUGAAAUGGAAUAUAAGAUCGCUGCUGCAUUCUGUAAUGGUGCAAGUCCGGACUUUGAGACUGGCGUGAACUUUGUCUUAGUGGAAAAAAUAAAGACAGGACGACCCAAUUGGACACCGGCGACCUUAGAAGAGGUCUCUGACGAGAUUGUAGACAGGUUCUUCCACGAAAAAUCUCCCUAUCUGGAAUCGGUUCCAGAAUUCAAACAUCCCUUCGCCCCAGGAGAAUCACGCGAAUAUGUGGAAUAUGCUCUGCCGACUGAAACUGCUAUUAAGGACAUGGUCACCGGUGAACAUCCUAAUGGCGGUGACACUGGUAUUACUCUCAAUGAACUAGUGUCCUCGUUUGAGAAUAUAACGGACUCGAAAAUGGGCGUGCGAGAAAAGAUACAGGAAGUUGCAGCUCGCCGAUGCGAGUUGAUCGACAAUGCGGACGGCAAUCGUGUGUGGUUGAAGUGGAUCCAUAACGCUCAACUUCCAGAGUGA